UGCCUUUAACCGGUGAACCCUCUGCCUUCCCAUGAUGAACUGAUCCAGCCCGACGAUCCUAUUAGGCCAGUUGACUCGAUGCCCGCUGUUGAUCCAGAUGAUCCGGUACCUGAUCCAGUGCCCGCUGUCGUGCCAAUUGACUCAGAGCCCGCUGUCAUACCUGGUGACCCGGUGCCCACUGCCUUGCCAGAUGACGCGGUGCCCGCUGGCAAGCCAAAUGACCUGAUGCCUGGUGACCCAGUGCCCGCUGUCAUACCUGGUGACCCGAUGCCCGCUGUCGAGCCAGACAAUCCGAUACCUGAUGACCCGGUGCCCACUGUCGUGCCUGUUGACUCAGAGCCCACUGGUCUUGCCAGACGACUCGGUGCCCGCAGUCUUGCCAGACGACUCGGUGCCCGCAGUCUUGCCAGACGACUCGGUGCCCGCAGUCCUUGCCAGACGACUCGGUGCCCGCAGUCUUGCCAGACGACUCGAUGCCCCGCUGUUCCGCCAGACGACUCGGUGCCCGCAGUCUUGCCAGACGACUCGGUGCCCGCAGUCUUUGCCAGACGACUCGGUGCCCGCAGUCUUGCCAGACGACUCGAUGCCCGCAGUCUUGCCAGACGACUCGGUGCC